AUGUCCUCCUCAGACAUCUCUAGAUGCAACCAGUCUCAAAUUGCCUUUGAAGGCAGUAGGACUGAGAGAGGAAAUUUCAACACUAGUUUCAGAGAAGACUUCAUUUUGGUGGGCUUCUCAGACUGGCCUCAACUGGAACUUGCCCUUUUUGUCUUUAUUUCAAUUUUCUACUCCCUAACGCUCUUUGGCAAUACCACCAUCAUCGCGGUCUCCCACCUGGAUCAUCGGUUGCACACACCCAUGUACUUUUUCCUCUGUCAUCUCUCUUUCCUGGACCUCUGCUGCACCACCAGCACUGUGCCCCAGCUUCUGAUCAACCUUCAUGGAUCUGACCAGACCAUCACUUAUGGAGGGUGUAUGGCCCAGCUCUUUAUCUUCCUUGCCCUGGGCUCCACUGAGUCUGUGCUCCUGGUGGUGAUGGCCUUUGACCGCUAUGCUGCUGUCUGUCGACCUCUCCACUACAUGGCUAUUAUGCACCCCUGUCUCUGCCAGACACUGGCUGCCACCUCCUGGGUGGGAGGUUUCAUGAACUCUGCGGUUCAGGCAGGCCUCUUGAUGGCCAUGCCCCUCUGUGGGCUCCAUUACCUGAACCACUUCUUUUGUGAGAUGCCUGUGCUCCUGAAGAUGGCUUGUGAGGACACACAAGGGACAGAAGUCAAGAUGUUUGUGGCCCGAGUGAUCAUCUUGGUGGUUCCUGCAGCACUAAUUCUAGGCUCCUAUGUAGUCAUUGCUCAGGCAGUGCUGAGAAUCAACUCAACUGCUGGACGCAGAAAGGCUUUUGGGACUUGUGGGUCCCACCUCUUGGUGGUUUGCCUUUUUUAUGGCUCAGGGAUUUACACCUACCUCCAACCCAUGCAUAGUUAUUCUCAGAGUGAGGGAAAGUUUGUUGCCCUUUUUUAUACUAUAAUUACCCCCAUGCUCAAUCCUCUGAUUUACACCAAGGAUGUGAAAAGGGCUCUGAGGAAGCUGCUCCUUGGAAACUCUGUGGGGCAGUUCUACUCUGUCAUAAGGAUGCCACUGUGCUCUGCCAACACCACAGUCUUCGACACCCAUGUGAGCAUCCGUGUCGCUGAUCUUAUCCCUGGCACCAUCCAGCAGUGGAGACUCAUCAGAGCAGGUGGCAUUUGA